CGUGCCGUUCUCUCACGCUCUCCAAAACCCUAAUCAUAUUCUUUGUUCCACCGUUUCACAUUACUGGAAUUUCAGGCAUCAAGUAUGCGUUUGACAAUUGAAUUCGGGGGCGGCCUAGAGCUCCUGUUUCAGUCUGUCAAGAUACAUCAGGUGGAUGUUCCAACAAAGACCAAGGGUGGGCAGCUAACAAUGAAGGACUUACUAACAUGGGUUAGUGACAAUUUGCUCAAGGAAAGGCCUGAAAUGUUCAUCAAAGGAGAGACUGUGAGACCAGGUAUCCUAGUUCUGAUUAACGAUUGUGAUUGGGAACUAUGUGGGCAACUUGAUGCAACUUUGGAAGAAAAGGAUGCCAUAAUUUUUAUAUCAACGUUACAUGGCGGCUAAAUCAACCAAAAUCGUCUUUAUCCAGCUGGAAACUAUCUCUGUCUUCAAAUGUAUACUAUUUUGUUUUAGAUGAGGAUAUAUUAUUGUAUAUUAUUGGUGGGUUCUAUUAGAGCUCUGAAAGCAGCUUUGGUAGGCGUGGCUACGUAGAUUGGUUGUAUGAGCGUAGCUGAAUCAUUUGGAGACUCUAGUACAUGCUCUUCCUUUGAUUUCUGGGCCAUCAUUACCAGGAGUGCUUAGAAAAUACCUACCAAAGGAAUUGGCAUUUUUCAAGUGCAAUACACAUAUUUCGUUUGGAGUGGAACACUUGCUUGUUGAUAGCUAAACUUCAUCUAAGCUCAUACUUUUCCUUUGAAGGCUGUUUCUUUGUAUUGACAAUACGGUGUGCAUAUUUAAUGUGUAGUCCUGAGUAAUUUGCAUUUCCAUAUUAA